AACUACUCGUAAAAUACAAAGUCAAAAAAAUGGCCAAAGUGUUUUUUCUCGUUAUUUUUUGUGUGUUGAACUUGAACAUGAUCUACAGCACAGACCUGCCUCCACAAGCUCUCGGAGACUUGUCAGAACUAAAGACUCCAGAAGAGUUGAGCAGAAUACGUGGGACACCAUUCCGUAUAGCAGCAUCCAAGAUGGAAAAAGAAUCAAAAUCCUCUCUUUGCACUAAGCCUGGAUUUCAUGGUUGUAAGAAUUUGGGAAUCAAAAACAAAUGUGACAACGCUUCUUGUCCAGUCAUGCCGGAAGCAGGAAAAUAUACUUGGUGCCACCCAUGGUUUGGAUGUUCAGUCUACACACUCGAUGUAUAUCAAGGCAUAUUCAACCAGUACGCACCAUCAAACAAGUGCAAAUAUGAAAACGAAGCAUGCAAAGGAGGAUUUUUUUGUAGCAAGAUUUGUCGUACCGUACCAAAACUAGAUCAAAAAACAAAACUAUGGAUGGUUGUUAUAAAGAAACCAAUAAGACUUGCAUAUUUGGAGGUCGAAGUUGAGACUGAAGAAUGCAAAUGUGCCAGUCUAUGAUCGAAUGAAUAAACUACAAAAAUAGAACUGUACAUAGAAACUCUAACAUUAAUUGUCCUAUUUAUUUAAACUACAGUUUGAAAUAUAUGUGAACAAAUGUAAAACAUUCUGUGUGUUUUCGCUUCUAGGAUAGAUUUUAAUAGCAGUGUGUAUGAUUCUUAAUUGCCUUAAAUGACAUCAGGUGAAGAUUACUAUUGUACCGCCUGAUAGACAGCAGACUUCAUACACUCAAAUAUAAAUACAAAUAAAGAAUUCGAUGUUUCACUAAACUGAUAACUUGGAAUAGUCAA